GAGACGCUGUGUACAAAUUCGAUCCUCAGAUCCGGUGAUUACCUAAAUCACGUCAAUUUUCAACCAGUUUUUCAGAUUGGGUAUCCGAUUUUCUUCUCAUUUUUUUAGUCCUCCGAUUAUUUUCUUCCUGGUGAGACUAGACGAGACCCCUCUCUUCGAAAUUAGGGUUUUCUGGGUUGAUGACGAUCUAAUUGAAUCCAUAUCUAUCUUUUCGUGUUUUUGAGUUUGGAUUUUAGUGCAUGAUAUCGAAAUAUUUUGAUCUUUUGUGUCGGCUCUAUCUGCUUGUGCUUGUUACGUUGGAAUUUUCAAUUGAAUUGAAAUUCCGGGAUAAUUCGGAUUUCUGGAGAAGUGAAAACUGAAUCUGUCCCUCCUUCUUUGAAGUUGUGGUUGGAAGCUGGAUUUGCCUGGUUUAGAGGUCGAUAUGGCUGACUUUGGUUUGUUCUGUUUCCCUUGUUUAAUGGAAGUUGUUUCAUCUCUGUGAUUUGAGAGUUUUCACCUCUGUUCCAAAUUGAUCUCACCAUGUCUGAUUACAAUGGUGAUGAACCUGAAGAUGAAUAUAUGGCUGAUGAAUACGACAUGGAUGAUCUGGAGGAUGAUAUGAAUGCAGAGUUUGAUGGAAGGGAUAUCGAUGCAUCUGAUUCCGAAGUUGAAGAUUUCGACCAAUUGAACAAGGCUGCAGAUACUUCUGCUGCUCAAGCUCGGAAUGGAAAGGACAUUCAGGGGAUACCGUGGGAUAGACUUAGCGUUACUAGAAAAGAGUACAGGAAAACUAGGCUAGAACAGUAUAAAAACUAUGAAAAUAUACCCAACUCGGGCGAGGCAUCUAUGAAGAACUGCACGAAGACUGAGAAAGGCAGCUCUUUUUACACGUUCAGGAGGAAUUCUAGAUCAGUUAGAUCAACCAUUCUUCAUUUUCAGUUGAGGAAUUUGGUCUGGGCUACAUCAAAACACGAUGUGUACCUGUUGUCCAACUACUCUAUCAGCCACUGGUCUUCUUUGACAGGUUGCAGGAAUGAAAUUCUGAAUGUUAAAGGUCAUGUGGCUCCGUCUGAGAAACAUCCCGAGAGUUUACUGGAAGGAUUUACAGAAACUCAAGUUAGCACUCUUGCAGUAAAAGAAAGGCUGCUAGUUGCUGGUGGUUUUCAGGGAGAGCUCAUUUGCAAGCAUCUUGAUAGACCUGGUGUGAGCUUCUGCUCACGCACAACUUACACCGAAAAUGCUAUCACCAAUGCAGUAGAUAUAUACAGAAACUCGAGCGGCGCACUUCAUUUCAUGGCCUCAAAUAAUGACUGUGGAGUCAGAGACUUUGAUAUGGAGAAAUAUCAGCUUGUCCAACUCUUCCGUUAUCUCUGGCCCGUCAAUCAUAGCUCCCUAAGUCCUGAUGGAAAACUAGUAGCAGUGGUGGGAGACGACCCAGAUGGUCUAUUGGUAGACUCAAGCAACGGACAGACGGUCGGGACGUUGAAAGGUCACUUGGAUUAUUCAUUUGCAUCGGCUUGGCAUCCCAACGGUGUAACAUUUGCCACGGGAAACCAAGACAAGACCUGUCGUAUUUGGGACACAAGGAAUCUGUCGGAAUCAGUCGCUGUACUAAAAGGUAACCUUGGAGCGGUCCGGUCCAUCAGGUUCACAUCGGACGGACAGUACAUUGCAAUGGCCGAGCCAGCAGAUUUUGUCCAUAUCUAUGAUACAAAAACAGGUUACAAAAAGGAGCAAGAGAUUGAUUUCUUUGGAGAGAUUUCUGGGAUUUCGUUUAGCCCAGAUACUGAAUCUCUCUUCAUCGGUGUUUGGGACCGGACUUAUGGAAGUCUCUUGGAGUAUGGUCGAACCAGAGACUACUCUUAUCUCGAUUCGUUACUUUGAUAAAAGAAUAAAAUUUAUAUAAAAGAAAAGAAGACUUACAUUAAUCUGUUAUUUGCCGUCUUGGUUAGGUUCAUAAUCAUACCGGCAAAAAAAAAAGAGACUACGGUUCGAUUCAGAAGCUGUUCUUUUGUGUAAUAUGCUUUGUUGUGUUUUUAAAAAUGUACAUUUUCCACGGACUUGGGAAUUGCCUUGGGAUCAUAAGUCGAAACUCAAUCCCUUCGAAGA